UGAGUCAGUGGGCUAUCUCAGUGUAGCACUGAGGCUGUUUUUAUUUUGAUGUCUGUCAACUGAUUGAGUGGUGGUGGUCCUGGGGGGGUUUGUGUGUGGUGCUGUUGCAGGAUGGGGUCAAAGGAAGAACAUUAAAGAAAAAGGGAACUGCCAGCUGGAUUAACGUUGUUUCCCCCCUUCCCAGACACUUACUGUGUGUAUGGGGAGGUUUAAUUUGAUCAGUUUAUAAUCACCCCCCCCCCCAUCCCCCCAUCACUCCUCCACCACCUGGACUUGGAGAAGUUUAAAUGUAUCUCAAUGGCUGGGGCUCAAGCUGGUGUACACGCCCUUCAGCUCAAACCUGUCAGCGUACCCGAGAACUUAAAGAAGGGAAGCAAAUUUAUGAAAUGGGAUGAUGAUUCCACGACUGUAACUCCUGUUACUUUGAAAGUAGACCCACAGGGAUUAUUCCUUUACUGGGCAGAUCAAAAUAAGGAAACAGACCUGCUGGAAAUUAGCCUGGUCAAGGAUGCCCGUACAGGAAAGUACGCAAGAAAUCCCAAGGAUGCCAAGCUCCGGGAGUUGUUGGAUGUCGGAAAUCAGGGGAGUCGCCUGGAGAACAGGAUGGUCACCGUGGUUUAUGGCCCGGAUUUGGUUAAUAUUUCCUAUCUCAACUUCAUGGCCUUCCAGGAAGACGUAGCAAAGGAAUGGACUGAUGCAUUAUUCAGCCUGGCAACUAACCUGUUAGCACAGAACAGAUCAAGGGACACUCUGUUGCACAAAGUGUACACCAAACUCAAGCUCCAGACUAAUCAAGAUACCCGGAUCCCUGUUAAAAACAUUUUCCGGAUGUUUUCUGCUGAUCGGAAACGUGUAGAAACUGCGUUAGAUGCGUGUGGUCUUCCAUCUGGCAGGAAUGACUCCAUUCCACAAGAAAAUUUCACAACUGAAGUAUUCCAAGCUUUCUUGAAUAACAUCUGUCCUCGGCCUGAACUUGACGUCAUUUUCUCGGAAUAUGGGGCAAAGGACACACCGUAUCUAACGGUUGACCAGAUGACAGAGUUCAUCAAUUCCAAGCAGAGGGACCCACGUUUGAAUGAGAUACUGUACCCUCCAGUGAAACCAGAACAAGUGCAGCAGCUCAUCGAGAAAUACGAACCAAACGCCGCACAUGCGAAGAGAGGGCACAUAUCUAUCGAUGGGUUCAAGAAGUAUUUGAGUGGCGAUGAGAAUGGAGUCAUUCCACCAGAGAAAUUGGAUCUGAGUGAGGAUAUGACUCAACCCCUGUCGCACUAUUUCAUCAACUCAUCACAUAACACCUACCUCACAGCCGGGCAGCUCGCUGGAAACUCUUCUGUGGAAAUGUACCGUCAGGUGCUGCUGGCAGGGUGUCGGUGUGUGGAGCUGGACUGCUGGAAGGGCCGCUCAACGGAGGAGGAACCAGUCAUCACUCACGGAUUUACCAUGACAACCGAAAUAUGUUUCAAGGAAGUAAUUGAAGCCAUCGCUGAGUGUGCCUUCAAGACCUCUCCUUACCCUGUGAUCCUCUCCUUUGAAAACCAUGUUGAUUCUCCGAAACAACAGGCGAAGAUGGCAGAGUACUGCAGGUCAAUAUUUGGAGAUGCAUUACUGAUGGAAGACCUGGAAAAAUACCCGCUGGAGGCGGGAGUGCCCUUGCCCAGCCCGCACGACAUGAUGGGUAAAAUUCUCAUCAAGAACAAGAAGAAGGGCCACAAGCCAUCCGAUGGAAGUGCCAAGAAAAAGCUCAGUGAGCAGGCAUCAAACACACACAGCGACUCCUCAAGCGUCUUCGAGCCCUCCUCCCCAGGAGCAGCAUCCUCCAAUCCUGAGGAGCCAGAUACUACGCAACAAUCCAAUGUGGAUGGAUCAGACAAGCCUAUUGACAAAGUCGGAAAGGAGGUGGCUGAUCAGAAAGCAAGUGGCAGAAAAUCUAUAGGCGAUGGAGAAGCAGAAAGUGAAGAGGAAGAAGAUGAUGAUGAAGAUUCCAAGAAAUCCUCAAUGGAUGAGGGGACUGCUGGAUGUGAAGCGAGUGCUACAGAAGAAAUGUCCAACCUGGUUACCUACAUACAGCCUGUGAAGUUUGAGUCCUUCGAGAUUGCUAAGAAGAACAACAAAAGUUUCGAAAUGUCGUCGUUCGUGGAGACCAAGGCUCUGGAGCAGCUGACGAAAUCGCCUGUGGAGUUUGUGGAAUACAACAAGAGGCAGCUGAGCCGCAUUUAUCCGAAGGGAACCCGAGUGGAUUCCUCAAACUACAUGCCUCAGGUAUUUUGGAAUGCCGGAUGUCACCUGGUAGCUCUUAACUUCCAGACAUUAGACCUGGCAAUGCAACUGAACAUGGGGAUGUUUGAGCAUAAUGGGAAAAGUGGCUUCCGCCUGAAACCGGAGUUCAUGAGACGGACAGACAAGCACUUUGACCCCUUCACUGAGACCACUGUGGAUGGGAUUGUGGCCAAUACCCUCUCAGUAAAGGUGCUCUCGGGUCAAUUUCUCUCCGACAAGAAAGUUGGGACUUACGUGGAGAUAGAUAUGUUUGGUCUUCCAGUGGAUACUAGAAGGAAGGCUUUCAAAACGAAAACGUCACAGAACAAUGCGGUAAAUCCAGUCUGGGAAGAUGACCCCAUCGUGUUUAAAAAGGUUGUGCUACCAUCUCUGUCAUCAUUACGGAUAUCGGUCUAUGAGGAAGGAGGGAAAUUUAUAGGCCACCGCAUCCUGCCUGUUCAGGCUAUUCGACCAGGUUAUCACUAUAUCUGUCUAAGGAAUGAACGGAACCAGCCACUGAUGCUUCCUGCCCUUUUUGUAUACAUUGAAGUCAAAGACUAUGUCCCUGAUACCUUCGCAGAUGUAAUUGAGGCAUUGUCCAAUCCGAUUAGAUACGUGAACCUGAUGGAGCAAAGAGCUCAACAACUUGCAGCACUAACUCUGGAAGAUGAGGAAGAAGAAAAGAAAGAUGCGGAACCCGGUGACAUUUCCACAGAGCCUAAUAAUGAUCCCAAGACAGCUCUCACGGAGAAUGGCGUCAGUCACACAUCCAGCCAAACAUCCAAACCCUCAACGCAAGUCACCCACGUUCAGCCUCCACCAGCUGCAGUCAAGACAACUGGUAAGGCAGAAGAUCUCAUGCACAGCGUCCUGUCAGAGGUGGAAGCCCAGACCGUGGAAGAGCUAAGACAGCAAAAACCAUUUGUGAAACUCCAGAAAAAACACUACAAAGAAAUGAAGGAACUGGUGAAGAAACACCACAAAAAAACCACUGAUUUGAUCAAAGAACACACUGCAAAAUCCAGCGAGUUUCAGAACGAGUAUUUAAGGCGCAGGGUACUUCUGGAAAAAUCAGCAAAGCGAGAUGGUAAGAGGAGGCCUGAAUCAGCGAGUCCGGAACAUCCCAGUUCCAGCGUCGAGCAAGAGCUUUCUGCCCUUGAUGCAGAGAUGACGCAGAAGUUAGCAGAGCUCAAAGAACAACAGCAGCAACAGCUGUUAAACCUGAGACAGGAGCAGUAUUACAGUGAAAAAUACCAGAAGCGGGAGCACGUUAAGCAGCUCGUGCAAAAGCUGACAGAAAUCGCUGAGGAAUGCCAAGCCAACCAGUUGAAGAAACUAAGGGAGCUCUGUGAAAAGGAGAAGAAGGAACUGAAGAAGAAGAUGGACAAGAAGCGCCAGGAGAAGAUAACGGAGGCGAAAUCGAAAGACAAAAACCAGAUGGAAGAGGAGAAGACUGAAAUCAUCCGAUCUUACAUUCAUGAAGUGGUGCAGUCAAUCAAAAGGUUGGAAGACGCACAGAGCAAAAGGCAAGAGAAGUUGGUGGACAAACACAAAGAAGUGCGUCAGCAGAUUCUGGAUGAGAAACCUAAGCUGCAGAGUGAUCUCGAUCAAGAAUACCAGGACAAGUUUAAGAGGCUGCCGCUGGAGAUCCAAGAAUUCGUACAGGACACACUGAAGGGGAAGUUCACUGACGAUGGAGAUCACAGUGCUCCACCUCCCUCCCUAGCUCCAGAUAAUGGGAAAUUGAAUCACAAGACAUGUUCCAAUGAGGACGACUUAGAAGACAAUAAAUCGGAUAAAGUCUUCGCUACAUCCCUUUGAUAUGGUCUUUAAACUGUGUUAACCCAUUACUUUCUUUUUCUGCGGGUGGAGGAGGCAUUGAGGUAUGUGGGCAGGUGAAUAACUGCUUGAAUACUAGCCUGCGUUCUGGAAGACUUAUUCAAGCAUACAGUGCAGUGUGUCAGGGUCGUGUGUGUGUGUGUGGGUGUACAUUCUGUUCAAGUGCCAGUACAAAACCAAUUGUACAGCGCCACACGUUACAUUUCUUUGUAAGAAAAAAACCAUCAAAGAGGAACUUGAAACCUGUGAUGCAUAAUUGGCUAACAUUGACAACCCACAUAUCCACAGCAUUGCAUGUAGGCAUCGUGUUGUAAGAACCCUCUGCUUCAGUCGCAAGCACAGGUUUACCAUUGUCUGCUCUCUACAUAAAGUACACUUGUCAAAAGAAUUAUACAUUGCUACUUACUUUUAAUGUCAGCAAUGCUGAGGUAACAAUGUUGCUUAUUAUAAUUAGAGUUUUGGUUGUGCCAUUCUAAAACUUUAUGUAUGACUUUGUCCAGUAUAUUUAAAGGGAAAUACGUAUCAGGGAUGCAUGCAUGAUUUGAAGUAUUAUGGUUAUCACUGUGGAUACCUUAAAAUAUAACUGUUAAGAGACAGUUUUGUUGUGGAG